GGCCCUGCGUCCCACCAGCUUGCAGGGCUUCAGGCCAGGAUCCUCAGCGAUGUUACCACGAAAUAGGGGAUCUGCCCGCCUCAGGCCUCCCCCGGCGUCCCCCCAGCGAGCAAAGAGCUACACCUGGAGAGGCGCGGCAGCCGGCACCUUUGUGGAGCUGCCAUUCCUCUUCGGAGACGAUUAAGGGUUUUCUGAUCCGAAGAAGCCACUGAUUGUAAGCCAAGAGCAGGUGGCUGGACACAGGACGCCCUCCUAAGCUCCAGAGAGUUCCCUUCCUCGGAGACCAGCAGAAGAGUGGGCGAACAUGAAAUCCAAUCCUGCCAUCCAAGCCGCCAUCGACCUCACCGCGGGGGCCCUUGGGGGCACAGCAUGCGUCCUGACCGGGCAGCCCUUCGACACAAUGAAAGUGAAGAUGCAGACGUUCCCUGGCCUGUACAAGGGCCUCGCCGACUGUGGCCUGAAGACAUACUCCCAGGAGGGCUUGCGGGGCUUCUACAAAGGGACCAGCCCCGCGCUGAUGGCCUACGUCGCCGAGAACUCAGUCCUCUUUAUGUGCUAUGGCUUCUGCCAACAGUUCGUGAGGAAAGUGGUUGGAUUGGACAAGCAGACAAAGCUGAAUGAUCUGCAGACUGCGGCCGCAGGUUCCGUCGCCUCUGCGUUUGCCGCGCUGGCCCUGUGCCCCACUGAGCUCGUGAAGUGCCGGCUGCAGACCAUGCACGAACUGGAGAUGUCAGGGAGGAUAGCAAAAAGCCAUAAUACAGUUUGGUCCGUCGUGAAGAGCAUCCUUAGAAAAGAUGGCCCCUUGGGCUUCUACCACGGACUCACGAGCACUCUAUUUCAAGUAGUACCAGGCUAUUUCUUCUUCUUUGGUGGCUAUGAACUGAGCCGAUCGUUUUUUGCCUCGGAUGGAUCAAAAGAUGAACUAGGCCCUGUCCCCUUGAUGUUAAGCGGUGGAAUUGCUGGAAUUUGCCUUUGGCUUGUCAUAUACCCAGUGGAUUGUAUCAAAUCCAGAAUUCAGGUUCUUUCCAUGUUUGGAAAACAGGCAGGAUUUAUCAGAACUCUUUUAAGUGUUGUGAAAAACGAAGGAAUAGCAGCUUUAUAUUCUGGUCUGAAAGCUACUUUGAUUCGAGCGUUCCCUGCCAAUGCGGCACUAUUUUUGGCUUAUGAAUACAGCAGGAAGAUGAUGAUGAGCCAGUUUGAAGCAUACUGAAGUGUCUUGGUGAAUCUGGAUCCAAGUACACGCCUUUGAAGACUAUAAUUUAACUCAGAGUUUCAUGGAGCACUGGACCAGUGUGGUAUUAUUUUUGACUUCAUGGGAACUCUGCUUUUGUCUUCCCUGCUUAUAUGCUAAAUCUUAACCUUUAUGGAAGAACCUCUAUUUUAUAUCAUAUAAUUUCUGCCCAUAGUUGUAUUGAAAUAGAAAAGUUGCUGCUCUUGUGUUUGGUGAGAUAAUACAGGGUGAGUGGGUGGCCGUAUGUACCUAAUCUGAAAAGCUAAAUAUAGUUGUAUCACCGGGCUUUUGCAUAAAUCUACACACGUACAUGCAGUUUGUUUGCUUAUAUGUUGUGAGUGAAACACAGUUUGGUUUCCAUGUUUAAUCUCAUGUCACCAGAAAAACCGAGUUAAACAUGUUUCAAGAUGGUUAUAAAUGAUUACUUAACCCACUCAAGAUGUAGGAUCUCUUUAAAAGUCUGCUUAACAUGUGCACUAUAUUAGCCAAUUAAAGUUUUUAAAAAGUUUUUGGUGCUUGAAAACGAAAAUAGCCAUCUACAUUUUUUUCAUCUACAAUGAUUUAUUUUAUUGUUUAUUGAGGUGACCUUGAUUUAUGGCAUUAUAUUUCUAUAUCUGUAUACCCUACAAUGUGCUCACCACCAAAAAUUUAUUUUUCAUCUAUCACCAUACAGUUGAUCCCCUUUAUCCACUUUGUCUCCCUCCUUUACCUGCCCCCUCUGAUAACCACUACUUUGUUCUCUGUAAUGACAUGUUUGUUUUGUUUGGUUUUGGU